AUGAAUCUAAAUAAAAGUUCUGCAGCCACACUGGAAAGCAGAGUGCCUUAUCCAAGAGGAUGUACAGGGAAAGGCCUUUGUAAAUGCACUGUCACAGAGUUCAUCCUCCUCGGACUGUCUGCCGACCCUCACAUCCAGGCUCUGCUCUUUGUGCUAUUCCUGGGGAUUUACCUUCUGACAAUAAUGGGGAACUUGAUGCUGCUGCUGGUGAUCAAGGCUGAUUCCCACCUCCACACGCCCAUGUACUUCUUCCUGCACCUCUCUUUCAUUGAUAUAUGCUUCUCUUCAGUCACAGUGCCCAAGAUGUUGGAGAACCUCCUGUCUCGAAGGAAAACGAUAUCGGUAGAGGGCUGCCUAGCUCAGGUCUUCUUUGUGUUUGUUGCUGCAGGGACCAAAGCCUGUCUGCUCUCAGUGAUGGCCUAUGACCGCUAUGCCGCAAUCUGCCACCCUCUACUCUAUGGGCAGAUCAUGAGUAAACAGCUGUACAUGCAGCUUGUGUGGGGCUCAUGGGGCCUGGGCUUUCUGGACGCACUCAUCAACAUCUUCCUGGCUCUGAACAUGAUCUUCUGUGAAGCCAAAAUCAUCCCUCACUACAGCUGUGAAAUGCCCUCUCUUCUCUCCCUGUCCUGCUCUGAUAUCUCUAGAAACCUCAUUGCCUUGCUCUGUUCCACUCUGCUGCAUGGACUGGGAACCUUCCUCUUGGUCUCCCUAUCCUAUGCCCACAUUAUCACCGCCAUCCUGAGUAUCAGCUCUACCUCAGGCAGAAGCAAGGCCUUCUCCACCUGCUCUUCCCACCUCACUGCAGUGACACUGUACUUUGGCUCAGGUUUGCUCUGCCAUCUCAUGCCAAAUUCAGGAUCCCCUGCAGAACUGAUCUUCUCUGUGCAAUAUACUGUCAUCACUCCCAUGCUGAAUCCCCUCAUUUACAGUCUGAAAAACAAGGAGGUGAAGGUGGCUCUGAAAAGAACUUUGGAAAAGUAUUUGCAACAUAUCAGGUGCUGA